AUUUAGUUAUAAAAAUCUUCGGGCCCGCCACGUUGUUAGGAUUCCACAAAUUAGCACAGCCACAAAGUUAAAAUUGGCUGUAUCGUAAAAAAUCAUGAAAUCGAACAUUUGCUUUUUGAUCAUAAUUUAAGGUUGGGGUUGAUGUUGGCAGAGGGGUUAGGUUUGAAAUGAUAAGACAAAUUAUAUAAAUGGCGGGGUUUAUGACUUUGUGGCUGUGGUGACUAGUAAUGACCGCGUUGUUUUGCUGCUAAAACAACUAGCUAGUUAGCGGUGCUAGCUAGUAAACAAACAACUGAACUGAAUAUGUCUGGAACUUCAUCAGUAGCUGGUGAAGUAUUUGUAGACGCCCUGCCGUAUUUUGACCAGGGUUAUGAUGCAGCUGGCGUCAGAGAGGCGGCUGCAGCCUUGGUAGAAGAGGAGACUCGCAGAUACAGACCUACAAAGAACUAUCUCAGUUAUAUACCCACACCUGAUUUCACUACCUUUGAAACUGAAAUCAUGAGGAACGAGUUUGAGAGGCUAGCAGCCCGGCAGCCUCUGGAACUUCUCAGCAUGAAGAGAUAUGAGCUUCCUGCUCCAUCUUCAGGGCAGAAGAAUGACAUCACUGCAUGGCAGGAUUGUGUGAACAACUCCAUGGCUCAGCUGGAGCAUCAGGCAGUGCGCAUUGAGAACUUGGAACUCAUGGCACACUAUGGCACCAACGCAUGGAAGGUCUACAAUGAUAACCUGGCCUUUAUGAUUGAAUUGGCUCAAAAGGAACUACAGAAAUGUAGAAAGCAGAUUCAGGACUUGAACUGGCAACGAAAGAAUGAUCAGCUUGCAGGCGGGGCCAAGCUGAGAGAGCUGGAGUCAAAUUGGGUGUCCCUCGUAAGUAAGAACUAUGAGAUUGAACGUGCCAUCGUCCAGUUGGAGAAUGAAGUUGGAAAGCUCAAACAGCAACAGGGUGAUGAGAACAAGGAAAAUAUUCGACAGGACUUCUAGAACUCAAGCCUUGUGCGAGACCCCUUCUACAAAAAAUAAAAUGUUAAGCUUGCAGCUGAGAACCAACAUGAAAAGAAAAGGACUCUCCAAACUUUCAGAAGAACAUAUUAGCCUUGGCUCCACAGUUUCUUUACAUUAGUGUCAGACAGUGACCAUUGAAAAACCAUGGGCCGUGUAAAGAACUUUUUCAUUGUACCUCGAGAUCACUUAAGAAGUGAACUCUGUUCAAUUUUUAAAUGUUUGUCAUUUGAAGUAGUUCUAAAUUGAGGUAGAGUUAAGCAUAACUAAUGAUGCUGUCUACCAAAUUCACAUGAUUUCUUCCCAUAUGCUAGCAUGUUUAGAACAUUUGUGAUACAAUAAGUUUUUGUACAUGUAAUUUUUUUAAAAUCGACUUAUAAUAAAAUGAUGUUGAAACAUG